UCUACUACACCCUGUCGCCACCUUUCAAUGCAGUCAUCCCGAGUGCUUGCAAUGGCUUGGUCACCUGGACGCUCUGGCGAAUUUGCUAUUUCCACCAAGGAUGGGAGUUUGCGCAUCUGGCACGUCAAUGACUUUGACAACGCUCUUCUUGUCAGCAAUUACAAGAAAGUUCCCAUGUAUCGACUUCGCUAUACACCAAAAGGAUCGGGAAUUAUAAGUGUUCCCCAGCGCACACGUUGGACUAACUCGGGUCUCAUACUCUGGCGUUCGGACACCCUCUCUCCAAUGCGUUUGGUGCCCACGAUGAAUGGUGAUGAUAGCUAUCGAACUCCGAGUAAAAGUGCUAAUGGAAGUAGUGCUGAAGGCAAUACAGGCUCAAGCGCUGACAGCAUCAAUGAUGAUAGCUGUGUCCUUGGCUUUGGUUGGUGUCGAAAUGAAUUCCCUCCCACUUGCCCCACAUCUGAAGUAGAGUCUGAAGAUUUCAAUAAUCUUCGUGAAACAUUAAAACCAGCCAACCUUGUCUCCUGGUCACGAGAUCGUCAUUUGAGGGUGCAUAAUCUUCCGUGUGCUUUUCUCCACGUCGAUGGGGUCAAACCACCAACUUAUAGAACUUCGCAACAAGAAGUUUCUCCUCUUGAAGCUGGGAAAGAAUCAAAGUCAAAAGGGUCUCUUAACGAGAAUGCCAGUAGUGGCUCGAUUCCCUCUGACUGGGCUUCCGUAAUGCAAACCACUCAAACGCAGUCCGAGGAGUACGAUCCACCUGCUUUCCAGUUCGUAACCCAAGAGGUUUCUCUCCUCAGCUCGUCCAUAGGCCAGUAUACAAUUGAGAGUGUGGAUCGUGACCGUACUCAGUGUACUGUACGACUUCGUCUCUACUACUGUCGCCGUAAUCACUACCACCACCGAACUAUCUGCGGUUUUGAUCUCUUCAAUGAAAGUUCUAAUACUGCUUCUAAUUCCCGAACUCGUUCAGAUUCUCUCCCUUUGGCCGACCUAGAUGCUUUAUUUCAAUCCACGACGGACCCCGUUGCCAUGGCAUCAGUCACAAAUCUUAUUAGGACUGGAGCGAGGACUCUGGAAUCCCUUCCGAGUGCUGGAAAUAUGACUCUGGUGGCUAAAUUCCCUCUUUCGUACCCGGCUGCAGACUGUCCACCUAUUUUCCAAUUUAUAGCAUCGGAUCCUGUGAUUAAUGAAGUGACACUUUCUAAGAUAUUAAGAGUAAGUUUGCUAUGUUACUAUUUUAUUGUACAAAUGUGGAUUGAAGGCGCCCUGAUGCCUACCUAA